GGCGAUCGCGCACGGCAGCUGCAACCAUGAUGGGCGAAAGCGUGGCCGAGUGGCCUCUCUGCAUGCGGAUCGUGCUGUCUCCGCUCCUCCUCCUGUGGUUCGGCACCAGAGUCUACGUCUUGCCUUGCAUAGGGGUGGCGAUGCAAAGGAUGCUCAGGUGCUGCUGCCGCGGCUUCUUGCGGCAUGUGUGCUGCGGGUGUGGACUUACCUUCACGGAUACGGUGAGGCUUCUUUCCCCCGCUCGCAAAGGCGCAAACGACCCUAAGCACCACGCGCACAUCGCCACCAAGAUCGAGCCGAAAGGAGAGCGAUGCUUCUACCUCAACCCCUGCGAAUCGCACGCGCGCGACUGCUACAAGUUGAUGUACCCCUCCGGAACUGCGGGGUACACCGCGGGCGAUGCUGGGGCUUCCACGGGGGGCUCGCCACCUCGUGCCGACGUACAACGAGGGCGCCAUCUCUGCGGCUUGUGCGGCAGCAUGGCCACCCGCGGCGGCAGCAGCGGGAACGAAGGUGGGACGACCGGCGUUGACGGCGCGAGCGGCGACGGCACGGGUGGCCCCGGCCCGACCGGCGGCGGUGGGAGCAGCGUCACCGGGAGCAGCUAUGGUAUCGUCGGCUUCGGCCCGGGAGGCGGCGGCGGCGGCGUUCACAUCAGUCGGGGUUCCCUCCGCACCUGCUUAAAAAUGUGCAUACCGCACCGAUUUUUGGGAAGUUUACACGAUAUGUGCCCCAAUAAUUUUCGCAAGCAGAGCUUCCCUGCCACGGACAAGUCGAUCGGGAAGGAGCUGACCCACAAGUUUAAGGCGGCUGGCGGCGGGGUGCAGUGGAAGCGUGCUGACCUGAUAAAGGCCCACGAUGAUGACGAGCCGUUUCACCUCUUCAACAAGGCAUGUUCUCCGGGAGGGGGCGUGAUCGGGAGGACAGGCAGGCAGGGCGUGGUGUUACAGCGUUCGCCAGGCUCGCACAACCUCUCACCGCUGCCUGGGGGCGUUAAGGCCGAAGACGUCAAGCAGGGGGCACUGGGCGACUGCUGGCUAGUUGCUGCGAUGGCGACCCUGGCCGGCACCAUGCCUGGUGCCAUCAAGAAGCUCUUUGUCAACAGCGAACGCUCCUACAGGCAAGAAAGAAUUAGGAUUUUUUGUGUGUUUGCAGGGAGGGAGAGUGACGACGCGUGCCUAUUAAGCUAUGAGGCUUGUGGUUAUUCGCCUCUAUGCCUAUGAGGCCUUGUGGCAUGGAGGUGACACUGCUGUUGUGACUCCGCUAACGGAUGCAUAACAGCGAGGUCGUCACUACCGGUGAAGGUUGUGAUGCUGCCUGUAAUGGUGGUUGAGAGCUAUCGCCACGACGCGGCAUGCCAAACGGUCUUUGUGUUGUGUAGCCGCCAGAGGUGGUACUAUCCGACGUCACUAGGCUAGACGACUCGAAGCUUUGGGCUCAAGCGUGUUGGAGAAAAGGUUUCAGUCAUGUUGUUGUCACGACCACCCUCCCGUAUUGAACCUUGCUUUUCUUUGUAGGGUCCAGAUGGACGCCUCCUAGCGCUUGACUUCGUGUUGCAUAUGGGCUCUCCGGUUGCCAUGUG